ACGGGGCACAUUAUAUCCUGGGGAGCCACAGCAUGCGGGCACAGUGCGCGUCACCUUCCCAUGUUUUGUGUCAAUGCAGAUUUUUAUUUGUUCACGUUGUGCUCCUGUUAAUAACCGCGCGUGCACCCACACUCCAGCCUCUCCUGUUGUUGCCCUGCGCUAACUGCGAGAAGCUUCCCCUCCUCCAGCUGAGCUUUAGCGCCACCUGCCGUUCGCCCCUCCCCUCGCGACUCUUAGACUGUCUGACGUCACUGUGUUUUUUGUAGUCGGUGACGUUAAAGACAAAACAAAAAAAAACCCUUCUAUUGUUCCUCUUUAAUUUGCACAUCAAUGGCUGGCCUUGGCGCUGUCACUGCAGCGGGUUACCUGUCAUGUAUCUGUCAUACGCGCACACGCAUUUUAUUGGCGCUUUGUGUUGUUUGAGGUUUCAAUUGUGCCUUUAUUAGUGAGACUUGGCCCGGGGAGCGGGCAGGGCAGUGUAUCCUCCUCCCUAUACUCAUGGGAGACGGAGAGCAGCGAUAGCGUUUCGCUUGUCUGUGUCUCAAGCUGUAGGUUCCUUUGUCUGCUGCUUUCCCUCCCCUCCCCCUCGUCUCUUUCUGUGAGACGGAAUCGCUGCUGCUGCUUAGGUUUGUAAAUACAGGCUCCACACACAAUAUGGCUGACAGUCGCCCUGCCUGCAGCUAGAGCUUCCCCUUCUUUUUUUUCGGGCCUCAGGAGGAUUUACUGGCGCCUUGUGUCUGUACUCCCCGCCACACUCUUUUAAGCACGGGCUGAGGGCCGCGGCUCAUUGUUCCCUGCAGGCUGGCACUCUAACAAGGAUAGCACUUAAACACUCUGCUUCAAAGUGUUGGGCUGCAUUUACUUGAUUGGAUGGUGGAUGGACAGAGGACCAUCAUUUAUUUGUAUCGGUGGAAGUAAGUGCAAGCAAAAUUGGAGAGGAUAGGAUUUUCACCUUAAACUGGCAGCUUUGCUGCCCACUUAUCCACAGAUGAAUGAAGACCCCAUUUGGAAAGGCAGCAGCUCAGAGAUCCAGAGCUGAUGCAGCUCAUGCAGGAGUUUCAGCAAAUAUGAUGAAAAAGAGAACCUCCCACAAAAAACACAAAAAUAGUAUGGGACCGAGUAAGCCAAUUUCCCAACCCAGACGAAAUAUUGUAGGGUGUAGAAUACAGCAUGGUUGGAAGGAGGGCAGUGGCCCAAUAACUCAGUGGAAAGGAACUGUUUUGGAUCAAGUUCCAGUUAAUCCUUCCUUAUAUCUUAUAAAAUAUGAUGGAUUUGACUGUGUAUAUGGACUUGAACUUCACAAGGAUGAAAGAGUGUCUGCUCUUGAGGUUCUUCCAGACAGAGUUGCAUCAUCUCGAAUUAGCGAUGCUCACCUGGCAGAUACAAUGAUUGGUAAAGCAGUGGAACAUAUGUUUGAAACAGAGGAUGGUUCCAAGGACGAGUGGCGAGGGAUGGUCUUGGCAAGAGCGCCCAUUAUGAGUACAUGGUUUUACAUAACUUAUGAGAAAGAUCCUGUCUUAUACAUGUACCAACUACUUGAUGACUAUAAGGAAGGAGACCUUCGCAUCAUGCCCGACUCUAAUGAUUCCCCUCCAGCUGAAAGGGAGCCAGGAGAAGUUGUGGACAGCCUUGUAGGGAAGCAAGUGGAAUAUGCCAAAGAAGAUGGCUCCAAAAGGACUGGCAUGGUUAUUCAUCAAGUUGAAGCCAAGCCAUCAGUUUAUUUCAUAAAGUUUGAUGACGAUUUUCAUAUUUAUGUCUAUGACUUGGUGAAGACAUCCUAGAUGUUAUCCCGGACUUGUUGCCAAACAUAUGGAUCUAUUAAAUUUAAUAUUUGUAGAGAUGUUUCACUGCUUUCUGAUGAUAUGAAAGCUUCGAUAUUCCUGCAAACUCGCAAUCCCUUCCUGGAAAGUAAAAAAGACAAUUUAUUGAGAACCGCACUCACAGGUUCUCUCUGUCUCUCCUAUGCGAAAAGGAACAUACCACUUCUGGAGACUGCCGUGUGUUUUUGCAUUCGGGGAUACGUCCUUCAACAGGAAGCCUGAUUGGGAACAGCAGAAGCUCAUUUAAAAUAAAUGAAGAGUGGCUGCAAGAGACCAGCUUUUGUAAAUUCUGAAAAAUCGUUAAAAGAAAUUGCAAUUUAAUGUUUUGUUCCCCUGCAUUCCUUCUCACUCAUUUCACUCAUGCGAUUGGGCAUAUCUGUGUUGUACCUAACCAUUUCCUUCUCAGCCUUUCAGCACCCUUAUUUAUCUGAAAUCCCUUCAUGUCAGAAGGACAGCAAGAUAUUGCACUGUGAAUUGCUGAAGAGGUUUUCCACCAUACGAGAAAUAUCAAGCACGCCAGAAUCCAAAGCAGAAAGUCUGCUGUCCCAGUUAAAUUCAUGGUUUUCAGAUUUCAAAGUUUUGCCGUGGCAGCACCUGCCUCUACAGAAAUGUGUGAAUGUAACGCUAACAGCGUGGGUUAUCUUGGCCUAACGCCUGCCAUUGGGUGAAUGAAAAGAGUGGUCUUAAAAGUAUUUAUUUGAUUUCCAGUGUUAAAAAACCAACAUUGUGGUGCAGUGGCUCAGCCUGGCCUUUUACAUGGUUUAUUUUUCAUUCAUGUUGACAUUUUCUAUCAUAUUGCAAGUGUUGUUUUUUUUUUGUUUUGUUUUUUUUAAUGUCCCUCCUACUUUGGAUGUCUGUCUCUCUAUGAUAAAUGAUGUUGGAAAUUGUAAAUGGUGCACAACUAGUUAUGCCUUGGAAUCCUAUUCUCGUACAAGUAUGACGGCUAAAUGAAAAAGAAUAGGCGUGGGUCGGCUUUUUAAUUCGUCAUGCAUUGGGAUUCCUCUAUAUCAGAACUGUCCAACUGGAGAGAGACUGUCUGUGGCCUUAGCAUGCCCUAUCAGUCCACAGAAUUCUUUGUAACAACAUUAUUGCUUUAUCAUUUGCUCCUCACAGUUGCAAGUUUUUAAAAAUCUGCCCUUUGCAAUGAAAGCAUGGUCCUUUGUUAGUUCUUUGCUUCUGAGUUUUCAGUCUAUUUCUUCCUUGUGGGCAAAGGGAAAGUUGUCUUUAUUGCCUAAAAUCAGGAAAUACUUUGUCCAAUUCUAUUCAUAUUUUUUUUUCUUACUCAUCCUUACAUUCAACAAAAUUGGUAGAUACUAAGUAAUUGACUUUGUCUGGAUACAGAGCAAAAACUUGAGCCUUUUCUAGCAUCUCUCGGAGGACGCAGGUUGUUGUUUUUCAGCAUUACACAAAGACCUGCAGGCUGAAGGUACCUUUUUAAGAUCUUGUUUGUGGCCGCUAAACUUCCCUAUGUGUAGUCCCAAAGUGUUGAUAUAUCCUUCACGGGUUUUUGAACUUCUGAGAGUUACACCGAAACCACCAUGUUCAUGCUCCUUACUUAAAUACAUGUUAUGGACUGUGUCCUGUGUAAACCCCUCACUGUACUUUGGGUGUGGAUUCUGUGCUGUGUAAAUGAGCUGAAUUUUGACUGCUAAUAGAAGGUAUUUAUGCACCAAAUUUUGAUAUUAAUGGGAUUUUUUUCAUGAACCUAUAUACCAUAACAUGAUGUUUUAGUUUUUAUUCAAGGUUUGGGUAUGUAGGUAACUUUGUCAUCUAUUACAAGACUUUGGUCCAGCUUAUGCUAACAUACUGGGACUUUUGCUUGUACAUACAUGUAUUAUUGCCCCCCCCCCCCCCCCGCAUCUAACAGCAGAGUUGAGAUUGAAAAAACGGCACUUAUAAAGAGC